AUGCCCUCCCAGCUGACGUACCUCAGUCCCUGUGUGCAGAGAAUCCAUCCAAAGCUGCUGGUGUUUGCAGGGACAACAUCAAUAGAACUGUCCCACGAGGAGGGAGCAAGAGCCCCGUUUGGGCCAAAUGCUCUCAGUGUGGCCCCAAAAUGUUCUCUUGCCUUGGAUCUGAGACCUCCUGACAUUCAUCCUCUCGCUGUCAGGGGUCAGGACACUGCAGGUGUCUGCAGCGCUGUGACCCGGAGUCCUGGAGCCCGUGGGUCUGCAGUGGAGGAUUCUGGAAUCCCUGUUACUCUGAAGGGGAUUCAAGGAGCUUCUGUGCUGUUUCGCAUGAUCAGAAAACCAGAAUUACCUCCUGAAGUCGAGCUGGAGAAUAUUACUUGGGGCAUUAUAAAUCAAAAACUGUACACACCCGUACUCCAAGUUAGUCCCAGGGGAGAUGUUCCACGAUGGGUCAACUGCCAGGACAAGUUCGAGAAGAGGGUCCAUGUGCUCAACCCAACGACCCUGAGGAUUGACAACCUGACCCUUGAGGACAGUGGGCUGUACCGAGCUCAAGAGUCCUAUACGAGAGGAAGACAAUAUUACCAGGAUUUCCACCUGACGGUCUAUGAGCCUGUGCCCCUUCCCCAGAUCCGGAAAACGGUUCUGUCCCUCACACCAGGCUGGUGCAACAUCACCAUGGAGUGUAACACCACAGGAACCAUGGAGGACCUAACGGUGUCCUGGGAGAAUGAGAGCCUCCCCAGGGAGCUGGAGCAGAGACCGGCCUCAGGACGAGCCCCCAACCUCUGGACUCUGGCUGUGAACCUGCCCCUGAGCCAGCCCAGCCCCAACAUCACCUGUGUGGUCACCAAUCAGGUGGACCAGAAAACUGCCACCCUGGACCUUGGGGACGUCUGUGUCCACAACCAGUGCUGCCCACUUGCCCGGUAUCCUGGUGCCUGUGUGGUCCUGCUGCUGAUCCUCGGAGCUGGGCUGUACCUUUGGAAGAGACGUGGGAAAAAGAAGAAAUUGGAGCCUGGGAGAGGGACAGGAUCGCAGGAGGAGCCCAGGAACCCGGAUGGUGGCAUCCGCUAUGCAGAGCUGAGCCAGCAGGAGUCUGGAGACCACAGGGACAAGACCAUGACCACGAUUUAAUGGGAAGAAGCAGGAGAAUCCCACCCCGGGGACACCUGUCUCGGGAGCAUGACGCCCGCAGCUCUUGUCCUGUCUCUUCCACCUCCGAUGGCUCUGAGCAGGGACUGGAUGGGUCCAGCAGUUCUUUCUGUGCUAAAUCCUUGUGCACAAGCUCCCCGUGAGACACACACAGUGGUAGAUCAGGGAAACUAAGUAAAUAAAUUGGUCCCAACCUG